AUUAGUGUCACAGGUGUUAAUUAGCUGAUGGUGCAUGCCAGUGCGCAGCUGCAGACUCAGUGUGUGUAGGUAGCUACAGUGUCCAGGUGAAUCAUGGCUCGAACUGGGUUUUGUGGUUCCAGGCAACUGUUGGACCUCCAUAUGACUGACGACAGACAAGCUCCCCUGCGGACGUGGGCAAACUCCUGUGUUCUGAGGGAGCGCAGGGUGUUUGCCGAAGGAGAGGAGGUGGCACCUGGGCAGCACUACAGACCCCCACAGGAGAGCCGAUGGGUUCAAAGGCUUCCCGUAUCCGCAGAGGAUGGGAUCAUAAUGGACUACGGUCCACAGGAUGAGUCAGAUACGUCAGAUGUCUAUGAAGAGGAGGCUUUGCUGAAGUAUCUGAACAGGUUGCCAGGUCCACCUAGUCUGCGGGAAAUGAUGCCCGGACUUCUGCGCAGAGAGGUGGAAGUAGCCAUCAGUAAGCUAGGGCUCCUCUACGACAAGACCUACGCAUGGGACAUCUUUUCAGACAUGAUGAGAAGUCAGCUACUAUGCACUCUCCCAAACGCUGACCUGCCCAAGCAUUUCAGUGACACCACAAGAGCUAUCUUGGUGGAUUGGCUAAUUCAAGUCCAUGAAGUGUUUCAGUUCUCUGAGGAAACGUUGUAUCUGGCAGUGCACCUGCUGAAUCGAGCGCUAAGGCUCAUCAAAGUGUCCAUCUCUGGCCUGCAGCUACUGGGUGUGGUUUGCCUUUUUCUGGCUGCUAAAAAAGAGGAGUGUCUGUUACCAGAGGUGUCAGAGCUCUGCUAUCUGAUGGAAAAUGCUUACAGCAAGAAACAGCUGCUACGGAUGGAAAGGAGGGUUUUAACUGGGCUCAAGUUUGAUCUCUAUCACUGUCCUCCUCUUCAUUUUCUUCUUAUCUCUGCUUCCAUCGCACGCUGCAGCGACAAGGUGGUCUGGAUGGCACGAUACUUGUUGGAGCUCUCGCUCUUGGAAGGGCAGUGUGUGGUGUAUCUGCCCGCCCAGUUGGCAGGUGCUGCCCUACGUCUGGCCCGCAGGAUCCUCCAGGAAGCUCCGUCUCCUGACGGAGAGAUGGCCUGGUGCAUCGCCUCUAGUAUCCAUAUAGGAAGUGAAGCAACUCUCCUCAGUAUAAUGCAGAUCAUGGCCAUGGCAGCAGCGAGAGCACAUGCUCGUGAGACCCGUGCCACUUUCAUCAAGUUCUCCACUAUACAGACCCUCCAUGUCAGCGUGCACCCUGCCCUGAAAGCCGCCCCCGGCCUACUGGGGCUGUCGUGCCCUCAGACGUGACACUCUAUCAACACCAGUGAGGAGGCCAAAUGGGGCUGGAAAUCAGGACAGCUGUUUAGCGCUGCUACUGUAGGGAGAGAAAGAAAUGCUGAAUUUGGCCAGUCAGGAGGAUUCACUGGACAUCAGUGAACAUCAGAAUGCCUCUGGAGAGCUGGUUACUCUAUUUGGACUGAAUUGUUCUGUAAUGUUUUAUAGUAAUCCUAUGUUACUUGAUGUAAAAGGAUAAAGAAAAGUGUGUAUUUAUGUCUUUGUAGCUUUUAAUGCUAAACAAUGUCGAUGUCUUUGUAGUGUUUAUCAAUGCUAUGGUGAACUUGUAUACUGGAAUAUGGUGUCUUAUGAAAUUAAAGCACUUUGAAACGUU